GCUCCAGACCCCGUUCCUGGACCUGCCCUGGAAAAGAAGUAUCCAGUAGAGAUGAGCUCACUGCAGUUACUUAAUUAAAAAUUUGUAAGCUGCAAAAAUGGCAGUGAGCCAACCAAGAACAGCUACAAUUUGAAUUUUUCUAUUUCCAGAAAAUGGUAGCACUCACCACAAAACCACAGUACAUAAAUUGCCAAGUGUGGCUGAAUUGCACAUUCCUUUUAGAAGAACGUAUUACUGAAAAUGCGUGGACAGAAGAGAUGAGUACUAUUUCCACUAAGGCCUAGAACUGCCUACUGUAUAAGUAGUCCUGAUCGGGCAAUAUACGAAUGGCCCAAGGAAGCCACCAAAUUGAUUUUCAGGUUUUACAUGACCUGCGACAAAAAUUCCCUGAAGUACCUGAAGUUGUUGUAUCCAGGUGCAUGUUACAGAAUAAUAAUAACCUGGAUGCCUGCUGUGCAGUUCUCUCUCAGGAGAGUACACGGUAUCUUUACGGUGAAGGAGACUUGAAUUUUUCAGAUGAUUCUGGAAUUUCUGGUCUACGCAAUCACAUGACUUCUCUCAACUUGGACUUGCAGUCACAGAAUGUUUACCACCAUGGAAGAGAAGGAAAUAGAAUGAAUGGAAGUAGGACUCUAACGCACAGCAUUAGUGAUGGACAACAGCAGGAGCCACAGACAGCACCAGCUCACGUUCCUCAAGGCUUUAAUGUUUUUGGAAUAUCCAGUACAUCUGGUGCUUCAAAUUCAGCACCACAUCUUGGAUUUCACUUAGGCAGCAAAGGAACAUCUAACUUUUCUCAACCAACUACCAGAUUUAAUCCCAUCAUGGUAACUUUAGCCCCAAAUAUCCAGACUGGUCGUAAUACUCCUACAUCUUUGCACAUACAUGGUGUACCUCCACCUGUACUUAACAGUCCACAGGGAAAUUCUAUCUAUAUUAGGCCUUACAUUACAACUCCUAGUGGUACAACUCGACAGACACAGCAUUCUGGCUGGGUAUCUCAGUUUAAUCCCAUGAACUCGCAACAAGUCUAUCAACCUUCACAACCUGGUCCCUGGACUACUUAUCCUGCUUCUAAUCCUUUGUCACAUACCUCAGCCCAGCAGCCAAAUCAGCAAGGCCACCAGACCUCUCAUGUCUACAUGCCCAUCAGUUCACCUACCACCCCACAACCACCAACAAUUCAUUCAUCUGGUAGCUCACAGUCUUCUGCCCAUAGCCAAUAUAACAUUCAGAAUAUUUCAACAGGACCUCGAAAAAACCAGAUUGAAAUCAAACUUGAACCUCCACAAAGAAACAGCUCUUCAAAAUUGCGUUCUUCUGGACCUCGAACUUCCAGCAGUUCCUCUUCUGUCAAUAGUCAGACCUUAAAUAGAAAUCAGCCCACUGUUUACAUAGCUGCCAGUCCCCCAAAUACUGAUGAGGUGAUGUCCCGUAGUCAACCUAAGGUCUAUAUUUCAGCCAAUGCUACCACAGGAGAUGACCAGGUCAUCCGGAAUCAGCCUACCCUGUUCAUAUCCACAAACUCUGGAGCAUCUGCUGCCUCCAGGAAUAUGUCUGGGCAAGUGAGCAUGGGUCCUACCUUUAUUCAUCACCACCCUCCCAAAAGUCGAGCAAUAGGCAAUAACUCUGCAACUUCUCCUCGAGUGGUGGUCACUCAGCCCAAUACAAAAAGAAUCAUCCCAAGCUGCCUUUUUAUAGAAGUGGAUUCAGCACUAUUGGUACACCAGAAGGCCAGAAUGGAACGACUUCAAAGAGAACUUGAGAUUCAAAAGAAAAAGCUGGAUAAACUAAAAUCUGAGGUCAAUGAAAUGGAAAAUAAUCUAACUCGAAGGCGCCUGAAAAGAUCGAAUUCCAUAUCCCAAAUACCUUCACUGGAAGAAAUGCAGCAGUUGAGAAGUUGUAAUAGACAACUCCAGAUUGACAUUGACUGCUUAACCAAAGAAAUUGAUCUUUUUCAAGCCCGAGGACCACAUUUUAAUCCCAGCGCUAUUCAUAACUUUUAUGACAAUAUUGGAUUUGUAGGUCCUGUGCCUCCAAAACCCAAAGAUCAAAGGUCCACCAUCAAAACACCCAAGACUCAAGAUACAGAAGAUGAUGAGGGGGCUCAGUGGAAUUGCACUGCCUGUACUUUUUUGAACCAUCCAGCCUUAAUCCGCUGUGAACAGUGUGAGAUGCCAAGGCAUUUCUGAGCCAGUAGGCCUUACAUCUUCUCCAAAACCACAUCUGAAGUUCAAGAAACUAGUCUGUCAUCAGGGGGAAAGUUUCACUGCUACGUAGGAUUUUGUCAAAUUGAAGGUGUGACAAGAUGGUGUUUUGCUAAUGUUAAAUGUCAGCCCACGGAGCUAAUAAUACCUCAGUCUAAUAUCAUGGGCAGUUGAAAUUCAUCACAUGAAAGGUAAUCUGCUGAAAGACUUGGUUGCCCGCUGCCUAACCAUGUACAGUGUUACCAGUAGCCCAUUAUGGAUAAUUCUCGAUAUGUUAAUGCCUGCGUGUUCCCAAUACCUUUUUCCCCUCAUGUCACUACUGAAUUUUGACAGGAGGAAGGAAUAAAAUGAUGGCUUUUUUGUUAAGCUUUCAGUGAAACACUACAAACGUGAAGAAAAGGAACAAGGUUUAACUAUUUAAAAACUGUUUGCUGCCGCAUAGUGCCCACGGAUAGGGGAAGAACUUCACAAAUCUGUGGUACUCUUGGCCUUGUCUUUGUCUUCCCUGAAAACGUCUCCACUCUGAAGCCAGCAUCUAGGGUCUAAAGAUGAAAAGGAAAGCAGCAUGCAUUGUCUGUACAAACAUGCAGUGAAGUACCCCGAAGCUUUCCUACUGUACAGAUCUCUCAAGUCUGCUUUACGUGAUUCUCUUCUCCUUUAUUAUUUCCUUAUAUUUCUAUAUGUAUAGUGUAAUAGUCUUUUGUUAACUAAUUUUCUUUUUUCCUUUUAGUGAUUAAGCACGAUCAUGUCCCUUUUUAAGCCUUACCCAAAAGAAGCAAUGCCUUAAAAUAAAAAAGCAUUAAUGAAAUGAAACUAUGCACGAAAUAA